CACCACCCAGGCUCCCUUGCCUUUGGCUGGGUGCAACUUCCAUUUUAGGUGUUGGAUCUGAGGGGAAAAAGAGAGAGAGGGAGAAGGAGAGAGCAAGAGAGAGCGAGGGAGCGAGCAAUAGGGAGGGACGAGGGGAGGGAGUGAGAGAGACGGACACAGACACGGAGGGAGAGGGAAGGAGGCAGGAAAGAUCCUGAAACGAGGAAGAGGAAGAGGUGGCGAACCUCGCUGGAUUUGUCUUUCUCAGCACAUUGGCGAAGCGUUGGGUUUGUUUCUUAAAGGACUGGCUUUAGAAGUCCACAUUUGAGCUGUCUUCUUCCUGCCUGCUGCUUGCUGAGGUGGCUGGGUGCUUCCAUGAUUUAUUUGAAUCUAGACUGGGCUGCUCUCUGUGUUAGACCAAUCAAUCAGUUACGGCCCUCUAACAGUGUGCAGUGAGGGGACCUACUCCCUCCUUUCUGCUCCCUCUGUGGUCCACCUUACUCUUUGUCCUGCCCUGCGGCGGCUCCUCCCCUAACCUUCAUGGACGACUCAGAGGUGGAGUCGACCGCCAGCAUCUUGGCCUCUGUGAAGGAACAAGAGGCCCAGUUUGAGAAGCUGACCCGGGCGCUGGAGGAGGAACGGCGCCAUGUCUCGGCGCAGCUGGAACGCGUCCGGGUCUCACCACAAGAUGCCAACUCACUCAUGGCCAACGGCACCCUCACCCGUCGGCAUCAGAACGGCCGCUUUGUGGGCGAUGCUGACCUUGAGAGACAGAAAUUUUCAGAUUUGAAACUCAACGGACCCCAGGACCACAAUCACCUUCUGUAUAGCACUAUCCCCAGGAUGCAGGAGCCAGGGCAGAUUGUGGAAACCUACACAGAGGAGGACCCUGAAGGAGCCAUGUCUGUUGUUUCUGUGGAGACCUCAGAUGAUGGGACGACCAGGCGCACGGAGACCACGGUCAAGAAAGUUGUGAAGACGGUGACAACGCGAACAGUACAGCCAGUCCCCAUGGGACCAGAUGGGCUGCCCAUGGAUGCCUCAUCCGUCUCCAACAACUACAUCCAGACUCUGGGCCGUGAUUUCCGCAAGAAUGGCAACGGGGGCCCUGGUCCCUAUGUGGGGCAGGCAGGCACUGCAACUCUUCCUAGAAACUUCCACUACCCUCCAGAUGGAUACGGCCGACACUACGAAGAUGGUUACCCUGGUGGCAGUGACAACUACGGCAGUCUGUCCCGGGUCACCCGAAUUGAGGAGCGGUACAGGCCCAGCAUGGAAGGCUACCGGGCCCCGAGUAGACAAGACGUGUAUGGGCCCCAGCCCCAGGUUCGAGUAGGAGGGAGCAGUGUGGAUCUGCAUCGCUUUCACCCAGAGCCGUACGGGCUGGAGGACGACCAGCGCAGCAUGGGCUACGAUGACCUCGAUUAUGGCAUGAUGUCUGACUAUGGCACUGCCCGUCGCACAGGAACUCCCUCGGACCCUCGCCGCCGCCUCAGGAGCUAUGAAGACAUGAUUGGGGAGGAGGUGCCGCCUGAUCAGUACUACUGGGCCCCCUUGGCUCAGCAUGAGCGGGGAAGUUUAGCCAGCUUGGAUAGCCUUCGCAAGGGCGUUCCCCCGCCUCCAAAUUGGAGACAGCCGGAGCUGCCAGAGGUAAUCGCCAUGCUAGGCUUCCGCCUGGAUGCGGUGAAGUCCAAUGCGGCGGCGUACCUGCAGCAUUUGUGCUAUCGAAACGACAAGGUGAAGACUGACGUGCGGAAGCUCAAAGGGAUCCCUGUGCUGGUAGGGUUGCUAGAUCAUCCCAAAAAGGAAGUGCACCUCGGUGCCUGUGGCGCUCUCAAGAAUAUCUCUUUUGGACGUGACCAAGACAACAAGAUUGCCAUAAAAAACUGUGAUGGUGUUCCCGCCCUGGUUCGGCUGCUCCGAAAGGCUCGAGAUAUGGAUCUGACUGAAGUCAUUACUGGAACCCUGUGGAAUCUCUCAUCUCAUGAUUCAAUCAAAAUGGAGAUUGUGGACCAUGCGCUACAUGCCUUGACAGAUGAAGUGAUCAUUCCACAUUCUGGUUGGGAGAAAGAACCCAAUGAGGACUGCAAGCCACGGCAUAUUGAAUGGGAGUCAGUGCUCACCAACACCGCUGGCUGCCUGAGAAAUGUAAGCUCAGAGAGGAGUGAAGCCCGCCGGAAACUUCGGGAAUGUGAUGGCUUAGUUGAUGCCCUCAUUUUCAUUGUUCAGGCAGAAAUUGGGCAGAAGGAUUCAGACAGCAAGCUCGUGGAGAACUGUGUCUGCCUCCUUCGGAACUUAUCAUAUCAAGUUCAUCGUGAAAUCCCACAGGCAGAGCGUUACCAAGAGGCACUUCCUAGUGUGGUUAACAGUACUGGGCCACAUGCUGCCAGUUGCUUUGGGGCCAAGAAGGGCAAAGGGAAAAAGCCCACGGAGGACCCAGCAAAUGAUACAGUGGAUUUCCCCAAAAGAACUAGUCCUGCUCGAGGCUAUGAACUCUUAUUUCAGCCAGAAGUGGUGCGAAUAUACAUCUCACUCCUCAAGGAGAGCAAGACACCUGCCAUCCUAGAAGCCUCCGCUGGAGCUAUCCAGAACUUGUGUGCUGGGCGCUGGACCUACGGUCGAUACAUCCGCUCUGCUUUGCGUCAAGAGAAGGCUCUCUCUGCCAUAGCUGACCUCCUGACCAGUGAACAUGAGCGAGUAGUGAAAGCUGCAUCUGGGGCACUGAGAAAUUUGGCUGUGGAUGCCCGGAACAAAGAGUUAAUUGGCAAACAUGCUAUUCCUAACUUGGUAAAGAAUCUGCCUGGAGGUCAGCAGAACUCCUCCUGGAAUUUCUCUGAAGACACUGUGGUCUCCAUAUUGAACACCAUCAACGAGGUUAUUGCCGAGAACUUGGAAGCUGCCAAAAAGCUCCGAGAGACCCAGGGUAUCGAGAAGCUCGUGUUGAUCAACAAAUCAGGGAAUCGCUCAGAAAAAGAAGUCCGGGCAGCAGCUCUCGUCCUGCAGACCAUCUGGGGUUAUAAGGAACUUCGGAAGCCACUGGAAAAAGAGGGAUGGAAGAAGUCAGACUUCCAGGUGAAUCUAAACAACGCAUCUAGAAGCCAGAGCAGCCAUUCAUAUGAUGAUAGCACUCUCCCCCUCAUUGACCGGAACCAAAAAUCAGAUAAGAAACCUGACCGGGAAGAAAUUCCAAUGAGCAAUAUGGGGUCAAACACAAAAUCAUUAGACAACAGCUACUCCACCCUGAACGAGAGAGGAGACCACAACAGAACACUGGACCGAUCUGGGGAUCUGGGUGAUAUGGAGCCACUGAAGGGAGCGCCCUUGACGCAGGACGAGGGUCAGGAGUCUUUGGAGGAAGAGUUGGAUGUGUUGGUUUUGGAUGAUGAGGGGCACCAAGUGUCUUACUCCCCCAUGCAGAAGAUUUAGCACCACUGUACCCGCUCCAUCUGGGCUCAUAAUAUAUUACUUCUAUUUUUGGUGGUGAAAUGGACUGAUGAUUUUUUUCCUUUCUUCGCUGGACUAUUGUGCCAACUGCCAGGCUGACUCCUACCCUAUAAGCCCAACGCGGCUGCCUUCAUUCCAUCAGUUACCAUCAUCUUCCACUGAAGUGUAAUUUUCAUCUUCUCCCAUCCCCUACUUCCAGUUUUCCCCAAGAAACCUGCCUUGGUUAUGUGCGUGUCUUGAGAAACUGCAGACCAGCUUUUUUGCCAGCCGUGCCUGGAACGCUUGGCUUAUGUAGAGGGAGGGAGACUGGAGCUCGUCACUGGCAGCUGUGGAAAGAGCUGAAAUCACGAGCUAUGUGUGAGCAUUCAGCAUUCUGACAAACUGAUGACUUUUAAUCAAGACUAUUUUUCUGGUGGGGAGGGAACUUUUUAUUUUGUUUAGGAUAAUGGGAAGUGUGAGUUCUUCCCUUAUCCAGUGGCUGUUUUGAAGCCAAGAAGGCUGGAAACGUUGGCACAUUCCACCUGGCAAGUACCCUUCAAACUGGGAGAACUCUGCUCCUUCUGUCUGAGGCAGGGACCACAAAGGACCUACAGACUCCAUCUCUUCUUGGGAGCUUCAGGACAGCCUUGGGGUGCUGCCCUGACCAAGGCUGUCCUUAACCCUCCUCUCCUACCCUGUGAUAAAUCUGCUAACCUGACCCGGCUGUUUGCAAGAUGCUAUGUAAAAAGGACAAUGCCACGGAGCACUUCUUGGUUGAGAAGAAUCAGGAAGAUUGUCUACUGGGGAGAAGAUGACCUUCUAGGAGGAGCUAGAAGGACAUACACUGAGUGGUUAGUCUGAAACUGGCAGGAAGCUUCAAAGCUGGCUUUGCCCUGCCUCCCGGCCCCUUUCUCUUCUUCCUUUAUAGGCUUGUUCUCCCUCUCCCCCUCUCUGGAUUUGUUGGCCAACUACAAGACUUGUACAUAAUUCCUGCCCCCUUUGCCCUUCUAAGGUAGGAGCUGCCCUGGCUUUGCCUCCUCUUUGUGCCUUUGGCCUGGGGUGCAUCUCCUUCCUCUCUUCUAGGUGCCUUUCUUUGCCUCUGCAGUCUCAUUUCUCAUGAUUUCUCAAGUUUGAUUUUAUUUUUCUUUCCUGCUGUUGACCCUCAGUAGCUGAAGGAAGGAAGAGGAGUGGGACCAGGGGACCUGUAAGUCCCCGUUGGGGAUUGUGCUAGCCUCUGAUUUAGCCACACGGCCUUCUGCUCACCAGUGUACAGUUGGGACUGGUGAAAAUCCCAUCCUGGUAAGUCUCAGUGUGAGGCUGCUAGGAGGGUGUGCGGUCACUCUCACUCCAUAGUUGUCCCAGCUCCCCUCGUCUCUGAAAGGCUAGAGAGUCGGGUUUCUCUCCACGUCUUUUGCCUCCAUUACACCCUUUCCUGCUGUAGUGAAUGUUACAGAUUGGGCUAGAGAAUCAGCUACUUGUGGGCUUUUGUUUGUUUUGUUUUUAACUUUUUUCCUUACUUGCCUUCUUUCCUUAAUCUAAAAUUUCUAUUCAUGCAACUGGAAUUCUUCGUCCCUCCUGUCCUGCCCCUUAAUCUGUUGAGGCUAUGGGGUAGGAGAAAAGUACACAGUCUACCAACCUUCCUCCUUAUGCAUUAUAAUUUUUUUUUUUUUUUUUUUGAAACCUUUUGCUUCCCUCCCAAUUCUUUGUAGUCCCAUUCACCUUUUCUGGCAAAAAGGAGCGUUCCGCUCUCCAUGACCCUCAGAGUCCACUGCACAGGGAAGCCUCCCCAACCCAGACCUGGCUCUAGUCUUGUUUCUCUUGUCCUCCUCUGCUCUUCCUGGUGCUCUUUUUUUCUCGGUGGGGUGUGGGUAAUAGACUAGCCAUGGGCUUUUGGGGACCUUUUACUGUUUGUUUGUUUGUUUGUUUUGUUUUGUUUUUCCUCUUUCAUUUAUAAAAACACUAAACAUUCAGUUUCAGCAAACCAAAAAUCCUGCCUUCCCAGCGAACACUACUAAGGGCCGUGUCUUCUGCUCUGUCUCUCUUCUCUUUUUCUUCCUCUCUUAUUAAUGCUUUUAAAAACAAAUGAGUUUUUUAUAUAAAUAAAGUUUUUAAAGUGUG